CCGCCGCUUCGCCGUCGCCGCAGCCCGGCAUCGCCGCCACCAUGGACGGGCCCGCCGCCGAGGCGCUGCUGGCUCCGCUCAGGCAGGCGGUCCGGCAGCAGGGAGAACUUGUCCGGAAGCUGAAGGAAGAGAAAGCUCCCCAGGUGGAUGUAGACAAAGCCGUUGCUGAAUUGAAGACUCGGAAGAGAAUCCUAGAAGCAAAGGAACUGGCUUUGCAGCCGAAGGAUGAUAUCGUGGACAGAGCUAAAAUGGAAGAUACCCUGAAACGAAGAUUUUUCUAUGAUCAGGCUUUUUCUAUAUAUGGAGGUGUGAGCGGACUCUACGAUUUUGGUCCUGUGGGUUGCGCUUUGAAGAACAACAUAAUUCAAGCAUGGAGGCAGCAUUUCAUCCAGGAAGAACAGAUCCUCGAGAUAGACUGCACCAUGCUCACGCCGGAGCCAGUGCUGAAGACUUCUGGCCACGUAGACAAAUUUGCAGACUUCAUGGUGAAGGAUGUGGUCAACGGGGAAUGUUUUCGAGCUGAUCACCUCUUGAAAGCUCAUUUGCAGAAGCUGAUGUCUGACAAGAAAUGCGCAGCUGAGAAAAAGACCGAGAUGGAGAAUGUGAUAACUCAGUUGGACAACUACAGCCAGCAAGAGCUUGCAGAUCUGUUUGUGAAUUACAAUGUGAAGUCCCCCAUUACAGGAAACGACCUCAGCCCUCCUGUCUCUUUCAACCUGAUGUUCAAGACUUCCAUCGGCCCCGGAGGAAAUAUGCCUGGCUAUCUGAGGCCGGAGACAGCUCAAGGGAUCUUCUUGAACUUCAAGCGCCUGUUGGAGUUCAAUCAAGGCAAACUGCCUUUCGCCGCUGCUCAGAUCGGGAACUCCUUCAGGAACGAGAUCUCGCCCCGCUCAGGGCUUAUCCGAGUCAGAGAAUUCACGAUGGCGGAAAUUGAGCACUUUGUGGAUCCCAGCGAAAAGCACCACCCCAAGUUCCAGAACGUAGCUGACCUCCAAAUCGUCCUGUACUCCUCCAAAGCCCAGACCAGCGGGCAGUCGGCUCAUGCCAUGCGCCUGGGGGAUGCCGUUGAGCAGGGCGUAAUCAAUAAUUCGGUGCUGGGUUACUUCAUUGGCAGAAUCUACCUCUUCCUCGUCAAAGUUGGCAUCUCCCCAAACAAGCUUCGCUUCCGGCAGCACAUGGAGAACGAGAUGGCUCACUAUGCCUGUGACUGCUGGGAUGCAGAGUCCAAAACGUCCUACGGGUGGAUUGAGAUCGUUGGCUGUGCUGACCGCUCCUGCUAUGACCUGUCCUGCCAUGCCAGAGCCACCAAAGUUCCACUUGCCGCCGAAAAGCCUCUGAAGGAGCCCAUAUCAGCAAACGUAGUCCAGUUUGAAGCCAAUAAGGGAGCUGUUGGCAGGGCUUAUAAGAAGGACGCCAAACUGGUGCUGGAGUACCUUGCCAUCUGUGACGAGUGUUACAUCAAUGAGAUGGAGAAACUCUUGAACGAAAAAGGGGAAAUAACCAUUGAAACCGAAGGGAAAACUUUUCAGUUAACGAAGGAGAUGGUCAGCGUGAAGAGAUUCCAGAAAACUUUGCAUGUGGAAGAGGUUGUUCCGAAUGUGAUCGAGCCCUCGUUUGGUAUUGGAAGAAUCAUGUAUACAGUGUUUGAGCACACAUUCCGCAUUCGAGAGGGAGACGAGCAGCGAACGUACUUCAGCUUCCCUGCCGUCGUGUCUCCGUUCAAGUGCUCCGUCCUUCCCCUGAGCCAGAACCAGGAGUUCGUGCCCUUUGUGAAGGAACUAUCUGAAGCCCUCACCAGAAACGGGGUCUCUCAUAAGGUGGACGAUUCCUCUGGCUCCAUCGGCAGGCGCUAUGCCCGGACCGACGAGAUCGGCGUGGCUUUCGGGAUCACCAUCGACUUUGACACGGUCAACCGGGAUCCCCACACGGCAACCUUAAGAGACCGCGAUUCGAUGCGCCAGAUACGAGCGGAGAUCUCUGAGCUUCCAACCAUUGUUCGGGACCUUGCAAACGGCCACACGACUUGGGCCGAUGUGGAGGCGAAGUAUCCGCUCUUCGAGGGGCAGGAGACAGGCAAGAAGGAGACCAUAGAGGAGUGA